AUGUCCAAGGUCGAGGUGAUCAAGGAGGUGGUCAAGGAGUCCCUCAUGGGCUCGGAGGAGACGGUCCAGCUCUCGGCGCAGAGCAAGGCGCGCUUCGCCGCCCAUGCCGUCAAGGAUGCGGCCUCGGGCGAGCUCUACAUGGGACCGGACGAGUUCAUCGACGCCAUCGCGCCCAAGGGCGAAGAUUACCACAAGAUCAAGCGGGAGCAGUACUCGAUCCUGUUUCGCGUCGCCGACAGCAAGGGCCGCGGACGCGUCACCCUCAUCGACUGGGGCGUCUUCGAAAACCUGCUCCUCAAGCCCGACGCCGAGUACGAGAUCGCCUUCCGACUGUUCGACACGGAGCGGACGGGCAACGUCCGCUACGACGACUUCCGGAAGCUCUACGAGCUGAACAAGGGCCCCGACAACAUCCCCUUCGACUGGGACUGCGAGUGGGCCAAGCUGUACAUUGGCAGGAAGGACAAGCGGCACGACCUCAGCUACCCGCAGUUCGCCCAGAUGCUGCGCGGCCUGCAGGGCGAGCGCAUCCGCCAGGCCUUCCGCCUCUUCGACAAGGACGGCGACGGCUUCAUCAACCCCGACGAGUUUGAGCGCAUCAUCCUCGAGACGUCCAAGCACAAGCUCUCGGACCACCUGCUCGCGAACCUGCACACGCUCUGCAACAUCACGAGCGGCAGCAAGAUCUCCUACGCCAACGUGCGCGCCUUCCUCAACAUGAUCAAGGAGAUGGACCUCGUCGAGCUCGUCGUGCGCCGGGCCGUGACGAGGAGCAACGACGGCAAGAUCACGCGGUCCGAGUUCGUCAACGAGGCGGCCAACGUCACCCGCUCCUCGCUCUUCACCCCCAUGGAGGCCGACAUCCUCUUCCACUUCGCGAGCCUCGACGAGCCGUCGGGCCGCCUCGGCCUCGCCGACUUCGCCAAGGUGCUCGACCCUUCGUGGCGCGGCCCGGCGUACGAGGCGGUCGAGGCGGCCGUCGGCGACGCCGUCGCCAAGGUGGCGGCGAAGCAGAGCACCCUGCUCCACCAGGCGCUCGAGUCGACGUACAACUUUGCCCUCGGCAGCUUCGCCGGCGCCUUUGGCGCCUUCAUGGUCUACCCCAUCGACCUCGUCAAGACGCGGCUCCAGAACCAGCGAGGGGCCCAACCGGGCCAGCGGCUGUACAAGAACUCCAUCGACUGCUUCCAGAAGGUGUUCCGGAACGAGGGCAUCCGCGGCCUCUACUCGGGCGUGCUGCCGCAGCUCGUCGGCGUCGCGCCCGAAAAGGCCAUCAAGCUGACGGUCAACGACCUCGUCCGAAGGCACUUUACCGACAAGACGGGCAACAUCCAGCUCGGCGCCGAGAUCCUCGCGGGCGCCAGCGCCGGCGGAUGCCAAGUCGUCUUCACGAACCCGCUCGAGAUUGUCAAGAUUCGGCUCCAGGUGCAGGGCGAGGUGGCCAAGUCGGUCGACGGCACGCCCAAGCGGUCGGCCAUGUGGAUCGUGCGAAACCUCGGCCUCGUCGGCCUGUACAAGGGCGCGUCGGCCUGCCUGCUCCGCGACGUGCCCUUCUCGGCCAUCUAUUUCCCGACGUACAGCCACCUGAAGAAGGACAUGUUCGGCGAGUCGCCGACCAAGAAGCUCGGCGUGCUCCAGCUGCUGACGGCCGGCGCCAUCGCCGGCAUGCCCGCGGCCUACCUGACGACGCCCUGCGACGUCAUCAAGACGCGCCUGCAGGUCGAGGCCCGCAAGGGCGAGGCAACGUACACGGGCCUGCGGCACGCGGCCCGGACCAUCUGGAAGGAGGAGGGCUUCACCGCCUUCUUCAAGGGCGGGCCGGCGCGCAUCUUCCGCUCGUCGCCACAGUUCGGCUUCACCCUCGCCGCGUACGAGGUGCUGCAGACGAUCAUGCCGAUGCCCGGCAGGAAGGAGGAGGUCAAGAUGCACACGGGCGUCUCCGAGGCCAUGACGACGACGGUGUCGACGGGCGGCCGGCUGGACACGAGCCCCUUUGCCCGCAGCCGCAACGCGCUCAAGAUCAUCCUGGAUCUCGAUGAGGACUUUGGCAAGGUCAAGCUGCCCGACGAGAAGGGCUGGCGAUCGCUGCCCAAGAUCAUCGGCGGCGGCGGCGGCACCGCCGUCGCGUGA